AUGGUGGCUAUUGCUUACCUCCGCAUCGCCGAACGCGCCGUCCCAGAGCCCCUCGCAUCGACAAAGCCCUCUACGGUGAAGAUAUGUGCGACUCUUUUCGCCCUCCGCGCGAUGACGCCCGACGACCCGGACAACGCACCGACGCCCUUCCAGCUGCUUGGCCUCGACCCGUUGUCAGCGCCCUUCUACCCACCGGGUAGCUCUGCAUUUCCCGGGUCCUGCGAGCGACAGAAGGCGGAGGGGCAACGCGCGGCGCAAAAGGCGUUUGUCACAGCGAGCAACUUCGCCGCGACGAUGAUCAUCAACGACGCCGCAAGGAUGCAGUAUUUGCUCAGGGUGCAGCCGGAGAUAGAGAGCUGGGCAGGCAGGGUGAGGGCCGUCGACGGACUCUGUGGUCAGGUGUGGCGGGACAUGGGAUGGGUGGUUUAGAUGCGGUGACUGAGAAUUCUGUUUGUUGGCCUCUGAAGCCCUUUUUUUCUGCAAGACAUUGCGGAUAUGAAUUGCCACACAAGAUGGCCCACGGACCACACAAGAUGGCCCACGGACCACACACAGUAUAGGGUCAUGGGUCGAUGCUUGCAGCCGUGUGGUGUAAUUUUUUCAUUCUUGCUGUUUGCGUAUUUGUAUGUUGGUUGUUCGAUUGUUUGUUUGCUUGCAAGAGGUUUCACCGCUAGGGCCCGGGAAGAGUGCGUAAUAGGCGUGGCAGUCAAGGAAAUAGAUAAGCUCUCAAGGCGUAUGUAUUGGGAUAGAACUUCUGGGGGGUUUGGCGGAGCGGUCGGCAUAGCACAGGCCAUUCGAAUCAUUAGCUCACCGCCGUCUCUUCAUCAAGAACCGCUACGCAACGUCCGACGGAAUUCGCACACGCGUUGUGACCGACGGGGUCAGCAACAUCUCGACCCUCGCAGCCGAGCACAAACUACAGCGAGCGAAGGCGGAUAUCCGGCCGACGCGGGCGCGGAUGAUCUGGCGCAAGCGCGAGCAUCUCCUGGCGGCCGCCCGAGGCGACGACGACGGCGCCGGCGCCGGCGACGCGGUCGUGUUACUGGAGGAGAUGGACCCCGGGUUCGAGUACCUCGCGCACCUCGCGCACCUCGGGUGGCAGGACGAAGUCUCAGGAGAGCGGGGGUGGCUUCAGUCGUGGGACGUGGGAGAGGGGUUCGUUACCUGGUUGGAGAGGCAUUUUGCCAGGUGGCGGGGGGAGUGGGCUGCGGGAAGGCCAGCACUAGCAGCGACUAUUGACGGCGAGGAUGGUGGAAAGGACGGCGGGGAUGCUGCUGUGAGA